GGCGGGGGGGGCCUUCCCGGCGCGGCUGCCCGCGGCGCUGCCUGCGCAGGGCCGAGCCCCGCCAUGGCGCCCACCAUCCAGACGCAGGCGCAGCGGGAGGAGCCGGGCCACAGGCCCAGCUCCCACCGGACGCUGCCGGAGAGGUCGGGCGUGGUGUGCCGGGUGAAAUACUGCAACAGCCUCCCCGACAUCCCCUUCGACCCCAAGUUCAUCACCUACCCCUUCGACCAGAACCGGUUCGUGCAGUACAAGGCCACGUCGCUGGAGAAGCAGCACAAGCACGACCUGCUGACCGAGCCCGACCUGGGCGUCACCAUCGACCUCAUCAACCCCGACACCUACCGCAUCGACCCCAGCGUGCUCCUGGACCCAGCGGAUGAGAAGCUGCUGGAGGAGGAGAUCCAAGCGCCCACCAGCUCUAAGAGGUCACAGCAGCACGCCAAGGUGGUGCCAUGGAUGCGCAAGACCGAGUACAUCUCCACCGAGUUCAACCGCUACGGCGUCUCCAACGAGAAGCCCGAGGUCAAGAUCGGCGUCUCGGUGAAGCAGCAGUUCACGGAGGAGGAGAUCUACAAGGACCGCGACAGCCAAAUCGCCGCCAUCGAGAAAACUUUCGAGGACGCCCAGAAAGCGAUCACGCAGCACUACAGCAAGCCCCGCGUCACCCCAGUGGAGGUGAUGCCCGUGUUCCCCGACUUCAAGAUGUGGAUCAACCCCUGCGCCCAAGUCAUCUUCGACUCGGAUCCGGCGCCCAAGGACACGAGCGGCCCCGCGGCGCUGGAGAUGAUGUCCCAGGCCAUGAUCAGGGGGAUGAUGGACGAGGAGGGGAACCAGUUCGUGGCCUAUUUCCUGCCGGUGGAGGAGACGCUGCGCAAGCGCAAGCGGGACCAGGAGGAGGAGAUGGACUACGCCCCCGAGGAUGUGUACGACUACAAGAUUGCUCGGGAGUACAACUGGAACGUGAAGAACAAAGCCAGCAAGGGCUACGAGGAGAAUUACUUCUUCAUCUUCCGCGAGGGCGAUGGCGUCUACUACAACGAGCUGGAGACCAGGGUGCGGCUGAGCAAGAGGCGGGCGCGGGCGGGGGUGCAGUCGGGCACCAACGCGGUGCUGGUGGUGAAACACCGCGACAUGAACGAGAAGGAGCUGGAGGCACAGGAGGCGCGGAGGGCGCAGCUGGAGAACCACGAGCCCGAGGAGGAGGAGGAGGAGGAGAUGGAGGCUGAGAAGGAGGCACCUGGCUCCGACGAGGAGCGGGAGAAGGGCAGCGAGAGCGAAGGGGCCGGGAGCGGCGAGGAGGAGGAGGAGGCCGAAGGCUCCGGCGGGGCGGGGGGCGGCGGCGGCGGCAGCAGCAGCGAGCAGGGGGGGUCGGCACGGAGCGAGGACGAGGCCGAAGAGGAGGAAGAGGAGGAGGAGGAGGAGGAGGAGGAGGGGGGCAGCGCCGCCGCCCGCGCCGCCCGCGACCAGGAGGAGAUUUUCGGCAGCGACGACGACGAGGAAGAGGAGGAGGAGGAAGAGGAGGAGGAGGAGGAGGAGGAAGAGUCAGAGGGGGGGGGCAGCGAGGGGGGGGGCCCCCCCCGCAGCCCCCGCCUCAGCCCCAGCGAGGCCUCAGAGGAGGAGGAGGAGGAGGAGGAGAGCGCGAGCGAGGCGUCCGACUCCUCCAGCGACUGAGUUUUGGGGGGAAAAACACCACUUUUGGGGGUGUUUUUUUUUUUUUUAUUUUGUGGGGGGGGAAAAAAG